CCAAUCAGCUUCGCCAAACGCGGAGCGGAAGUUUGUGUUUCUGGCUUUGGGGCUGGGGACUGUGGGAGGACGGCCCAGGCCCCAUUGGAGAAGCCCUUUAGGGUGGGUACCCCAGGAACACCAGCUCUGCCAGAGGGACGCUGGGUUGUGGCAUUUCUCCAGCUGCUUCCUACAGGGAGAGACCCAUGGGGCUUAGAGGCUUGGCCUCUGACCCUGGGGACGCCCAGCCCAGGCCUGCCCCAGCACAACAGUCAGGGGGCAGCAAAUUUUUAACUAGACACACUGAUCAUUAACAGGAUAGGAAGGAGUCCAAACUCAGCCUUACUCAGGGGCAGAGACCAGCUGGGCCUCGGGCCUCUUGCAGAGAUGCUGGGCCGUGGAAUCUGGUCUUCUGUGAGGCAGGGGCUGAGCAGGGUCUUGUCCAGGAAUGUGGGGGGCUGGGCCUCAGGGGAGGGGAAGAAGAUGGACAUUGCAGGCAUCUACCCUCCUGUGACCACCCCCUUCACUGCCACUGCGGAGGUAGACUAUGGGAAACUGGAGGAGAAUCUGCACAAGUUGGGUACCUUCCCCUUCCGAGGCUUCGUGGUCCAGGGCUCCAAUGGCGAGUUCCCCUUCCUGACCAGCAUCGAGAGGCUGGAGGUGGUGAGCCGCGUCCGCCAGGCCAUGCCCAAGGACAAACUGCUGCUAGCCGGCUCUGGCUGCGAGUCCACUCAAGCCACAGUGGAGAUGACUGUGAGCAUGGCCCAGGUUGGGGCUGAUGCCGCCAUCGUGGUGACUCCUUGCUUCUAUCGUGGCCGCAUGAACAGCGCUGCCCUCAUUCACCACUACACCAAGGUCGCUGACCUCGCCCCAAUCCCUGUGGUGCUCUACAGCGUCCCAGCCAACACGGGGCUGGACCUGCCUGUGGAUGCAGUGGUCACGCUCUCCCAGCACCCGAACAUCGUGGGCCUCAAGGACAGUGGUGGCGAUGUGACCAGGAUGGGGCUGAUUGUUCACAAGACCAGGAGGCAGGAUUUCCAGGUGUUGGCUGGAUCUGCCGGCUUCCUGCUGGCCAGCUAUGCCGUGGGAGCUGUGGGGGGCGUGUGUGCCCUGGCCAAUGUCCUGGGGGCCCAGGUGUGCCAGCUGGAGCGACUCUGCCUCACAGGGCAAUGGGAAGAUGCCCAGAAGCUGCAGCACCGUCUCAUUGAGCCAAACACUGCGGUGACCCGGCGCUUUGGGAUCCCCGGGCUGAAGAAAACCAUGGACUGGUUCGGCUACUACGGAGGCCCCUGCCGCGCCCCCUUACAGGAGCUAAGCCCCUCGGAUGAGGAGGCGCUGCGUAUGGACUUCACCAGUAAUGGCUGGCUCUGAGAGCAAGGGAAGGACAUGCCUGGCCUGCGCCCAUCUCGGCUUCCUGCCUUUACCCGGAGCUGAAGAAUCACGCGGGCCCGUUCCCCUACUCCAGUCUGCCAGGUUCGCGCCGAGCACGCCCACCUCCUAUUCUCAUAGUCCUAGGACUGCUGGCAUUUGUAUCCUGCCCUCUGGCUCUCUAGAGACCUUCAGUCUGGGAAGGAGUAAGUGCUUUCCUGUGCCCCAGGACAUGUGACCGGGAGCCAGAGGGGAAGAACAGGGGGGCAACCAGGCACAAGUAAGGUCAUGUAUUUUAUGGAUGGGAAGACCACUGAGAUUCAGGGGUGCACAUCUGAGCCCAGCAUAUGCAGCAUGGAGCCAGGGCUACUCCUAAGCACCCAAGUGGUGGGUUAGGAAACCUGAUCAGAAAAGCGUCACUAGCCUUUGAAAGCCCUCCCCCCCAUCUACGUUCCAGACACAGUGUCCUUUCCUAAAUCUGUUUUGAUCAUCUCAUAUUCUUAUCUCUAACCUUGAUCUUAACCAGAGAGAGCAUAGAACCGGCGCAGUGGCUUGCCAGACUUGGUAAAUAAUGACACCUGGUGGAUAAAUGUUACAUUCUAGGAGACUUCUAGCUAACGUAGGUCUGAAACAUUAGGGAAGGAGACGAGGCCUGAGACCCGGCCAUCCUCUUGCCUGUAGGCACUCUGCUUUUAUUGUUAAAAAUGAUAUUUUGUUCUUGCAAUAAAGUUGAAUAAGUUAAAACAU